AAUGGCUGCCAGUAGAUAUUUUAUCCAAGAACAAAGUCUUCAAUGUUCCUUGUGUUCGGAAUCUUGGGUAGAUAAAGAUCAUAGAGUACUUCCUUGUCAACACACAUUCUGCCUGCAGUGUUUGCUGGAACAAAACUUUGCGAAAAACACAUUUAUUGCUAAAACAGGAAUAAAAUGUCCCGAUUGCGAAGAAUUUCAUGAAUUAAACAAGGAGAUGGUAAGGACAUCAUUACCUAAAAACUAUUUCGCCAAUUCUUUAAAUAGAGCACUACUGGAUGAAAAACUUUGCGAAAAACAUGAACAACUCUCUACUUUGUUUUGUAUAAGUCACAAUAUUGAAAAUCUAUGCAGUAUUUGCUUUGACAAUGAUCAUUCGCAAUGUCAAGUUUCAACGAUGAAUAGACAAUUGAAAAAUAAGGAAUUGAUAAAGUCUCAUUUGAAUAUUGAAGAGAAUAAUCAAAAAGAACUUUUAAGUGAAAUUGAACAAAUUGAAAAAGAUUAUUUGUUAAAAAUUCAAAAUGAUUUCAAAAUGAUUAGGCAAGUUUCUAAAAAAUUAAGAAAGCAGAGAGAGGAUUCUUUAAUGAAUCUUUCAAAAGAUAUCACCAAACAGAAGAAUUUAUUGGAAUAUUUAGAAAAUUUUUCAAAAAACAAACUACAAUUAACAAUACUUAAAAAUCCAAAAGUUGAAUAUCAACUAAAGGAAAUAGAUUACCAAAACUAUAUUAACAAUGAAUUUUCAUUGACUUUGAACAUAUUAAAUAAUAACACUACAGAUACAGAUAAAGGUCAUAUUACUAAAAUUCUACAAAUAAAUAAUAAUUUGAAGAAAGUCAAUUUAUCAAACAGUAGAUGUGGUCAAGAUUAUUGGUCAACUAUUUGUCGACUACUUGAAAAAUCAUCUUACAGGCUGAAAGAAGUUAAUUUUUCAGAUUGUGAUUUAACAGAGAAAUUUUGUAAACCUAUUGAAAAAUUAUUAGAUGAGUGUUGCCAAAUUGAAUUAUUUAACAUAUCUGAUAAUGGACUAGGAACUGGAAUUCAAAACAUCUGCAAUGGACUGGAAAAAUCAUCAAGUACGCUAAAGGAAUUGAAUUUUUCAGAUUGUGAUUUAACAGAGAAAUUAUGUAAACCUAUUGAAAAAUUAUUAAAUGAAUGUUGCCAAAUUGAAUUAUUUAACAUAUCUGAUAAUAGACUAGGAACUGGAAUUCAAAACAUCUGCAAUGGACUGGAAAAAUCAUCAAGUACGCUAAAGGAAUUGAAUUUUUCAGAUUGUGAUUUAACAGAGAAAUUAUGUAAACCUAUUGAAAAAUUAUUAAAUGAAUGUUGCCAAAUUGAAUUAUUUAACAUAUCUGAUAAUAGACUAGGAACUGGAAUUCAAAACAUCUGCAAUGGACUGGAAAAAUCAUCAGCUACACUAAAAGAAUUGAAUUUUUCUAACUGCGAUUUAAAAGGGGAAAAUUGGGAUUUUUUUGAAAUUCAAAUGAGAAAAUUUUGUAAUCUUGAAGUAAUAAAUUUAAAGAAUAAUAAAAAAAUUGGAAAUGGAUUCUUGAGUAUUUGUAGUGGUUUUGCCAACUCAGGGACGACUUUGAAGGAAAUUAAUCUAUCAAACUGUAACAUUACUAAAUCUUACUGCUCCUCUUUACAGAUUCUUUUAUCCUUAUGUUCAAGUCUUGAAAUAAUUGACCUUUCAUUAAAUAGUUGUAUGGGAAAAGGUUUGUCAGAUAUAAUUAAUUCUCUGAAAAGAUCAUCUAAAACUCUAAGGGAAAUUUCACUUUCAAAGUGUAAUAUAACUGAAAAAAGGUGUAAAGAGAUUAAAGAUGUUUUGAUGAAAUUUGACAAAUUAAAUAUAAUUGAUUUGUCAUUUAAUUUUCAAAUUGGAAAUGGUUUAUUUCAUAUUCGCAGUCAGCUUUCGAAUUCUGUAAGAAUUAUUUGA